AUGACUGAAGUAGAACAGAUAAAGAUCUUACUAGGAGAGGGACAGACCGCAACACUGGCUGCCAGAUACAACCGAAUCUUGUGGAUUGAUGAGAAGAAUCUGACGGCUCAUGUGGAGGCUGGGAUCAUCGGACAGGAUCUGGAGAGACAGUUGAAUGAGCAUGGCUACUGUACGGGCCACGAGCCGGACUCCAUGGAGUUCAGUUCCCUGGGCGGAUGGGUGGCGACCCGCGCCUCGGGCAUGAAGAAGAACAUCUACGGCAACAUUGAGGACCUGGUGGUGCAUAUAAAGAUGGUGACCCCUAGAGGAGUGAUUGAGAAGAGCUGUCUGGGGCCCCGCAUGUCCACGGGCCCCGACAUACAUCACUUCAUUAUGGGCUCAGAAGGAACUCUGGGAGUGGUGACUGAAGUUACAAUGAAGAUCCGACCCAUUCCCGAGUACCAGAAGUAUGGCUCCGUAGUAUUCCCAAACUUCCAGCAGGGUGUGGCGUGCCUGAGAGAGGUGGCCAGACAGAGAUGUGCUCCAGCAUCCAUUCGGCUAAUGGACAACGAGCAGUUUCAGUUCGGUCAUGCACUCAAGCCGCAGGUGUCCUCCAUGUUCACGUCAUUCGUGGACGGCUUGAAAAAAUUCUACAUAACAAAGUUUAAAGGAUUCGACCCGCACCACCUGUGUGUCGCCACGCUGUUAUUCGAGGGGGAUCGUGGGAAGGUUUUGCAGCACGAGAAACAGGUUUACGACAUCGCAGCCAAAUUCGGGGGACUGGCAGCAGGAGAGGACAACGGUCAGAGGGGUUACAUGCUGACGUUUGUGAUCGCGUAUCUCCGGGAUUUGGGAAUGGACUACUACGUGAUGGGAGAGUCGUUUGAGACGUCUGUGCCCUGGGACAGGAUUUUGGACUUGUGCAGGAAUGUGAAGGAGAGGAUUGUAAGAGAGUGUAAGGAGAGAGGAGUUCAGUUCCCUCCACUGUCCACAUGCAGAGUUACACAGACGUAUGAUGCAGGUGCUUGUGUGUAUUUCUAUUUUGCCUUUAAUUACCGGGGUCUGAGUGAUCCAGUUCAUGUCUACGAACAAGUGGAGCAUGCGGCCCGGGAGGAGAUUCUUGCCAAUGGAGGAAGUCUGUCUCACCAUCAUGGAGUGGGAAAGCUCCGGAAGGAAUGGAUGAAAGAGAGCGUGUCCGGCGUGGGGCUCGGCGUGCUCAAGUCGGUGAAGGAGUUUGUGGAUCCUCAGAACAUUUUUGGGAGCAGAAACCUGUUGUAAUUCAGCAACACUCAUGCGUUUUCUAUUAUCUUCUAAUCAUAUUUGAUUUAAACCUCAUAUUCCCGUCUUUCUCGCACAGUAACACGAUAAACCACUCCUCUGUUUCUCAUUAACCCCAUCGCCUUUGACCUUUGACCUCUUCUUCAGUGAGGUGCAGGACUCCUCCUCCUCCUGAUCACGUGACUUGAUUUCUCGCCGGUCUUCCCGUGACUGAACAGGGUUUUGAAACUGUGAGGUCUGUGUCUGGCACUACUGUUGUGUUUCGUACAUCAGCAGACUGAAUUAUGCUUUUUAAAGCAGUGUGCCUUCUGUCUGUCUGUCUGUCUGUCUGUCUUACACUCCUCCUUCUGAGUGACUCAAUGUUUUAUUAUCCUCUCUUCCUUACUGUACUUUUGCCUUUUCUAUUCAUCAGCUCAAUAAACU